AUGGCAAAAAGCAAGACAGGAAAUGCAGAUAGGAAACGAUGGGAUAAUUACAGCCCAAUGCGUCCCAAAAAGAUCAGCACACCUAACGAAUUGAGUGACCGGGACAGAGACAGGUGGGAGAGACAUAAGCAGUCAAACAGAGACAGAGAAACAGAGACCCGGAGAACGUGA